AGUUGUUUUUGCUCAGGUUGGUGGCGUGUAGCCAUUUACACAUUGAGUGCCUGCAUCUCCAGUCUCCUGGGUCAGUGUAAGCCGGUGCUGUAAUUCCACUCCAGGAAGCUGCACGGCUGUUUCUGAACUGAAGAGGAAAAGCCAAAGAAAUGUGAUUGAGUGCUCGGCAACUAAAAUGCUAAAUGAGGGGCCCGUGGUUCUCAGACCAUAUUCCAUGGGAAAUGCUGAGAGUACAAGCUGCAGCCUUCUCUCUUCGCUCUUGGGCUGGCUGAUUGCCAGGGCAUCUAGGCCAGCAAUUGAGGGACUGAAAUAUAACCAGUGGCGAGACAUUUGUACCACACGAGACCUGCCCUGCCUCGGAAGGCUCCAGUGGCUGUGGGAAGCAGAAGAUCAGCACCAGCUGGGGCAGCUAGACUCUGCAAGGUGGGAGCAUCUCAUCGAGAUGUCACAGCAGAAGUGCAUUGUGAUCUUCGCCCUGGUCUGCUGCUUUGCAGUUCUGGUCGCACUGAUAUUUUCAGCCGUGGACAUCAUGGGAGAAGAUGAAGACGGACUCUCAGAGAAAAAUUGCCAAAAUAAAUGUCGAAUCGCCCUUGUGGAAAACAUUCCUGAAGGCCUUAACUACUCUGAAGAUGCCCCAUUUCACUUACCGCUUUUCCAAGGCUGGAUGAACUUACUCAACAUGGCCAAAAAAUCAGUUGACAUAGUGUCUUCCCAUUGGGACCUUAACCACACCCACCCAUCAGCCUGUCAGGGUCAACGUCUCUUUGAGAAAUUGCUCCAACUGACAUCGCAAAAUAUCGAAAUCAAGCUGGUGAGCGACGUAACCGCUGAUUCAAAGGUAUUAGAAGCCUUGAAAUUAAAGGGAGCUGAGGUGACAUACAUGAACAUGACUGCAUACAACAAGGGCCGGCUACAGUCGUCUUUCUGGAUUGUGGACAAACAGCAUGUGUACAUCGGCAGUGCGGGUUUGGACUGGCGAUCCCUUGGGCAGAUGAAAGAACUCGGUGUCAUCUUCUACAACUGCAGCUGCCUGGUCCUAGAUUUACAAAGGAUAUUCGCUUUAUAUAGCUCAUUAAAAUUCAAGAGCAGAGUACCUCAGACCUGGUCCAAGAGACUUUACGGAGUCUAUGACAAUGAGAAGAAGCUUCAACUCCAGUUGAAUGAAACCAAGUCACAAGCCUUUGUGUCGAAUUCUCCCAAACUGUUUUGUCCUAAAAACAGAAGCUUUGACAUUGAUGCCAUCUACAGCGUGAUUGAUGAUGCGAAGCAGUACGUGUACAUUGCUGUCACGGACUACCUGCCUAUCUCCAGUACCAGCACAAAAAGGACAUAUUGGCCAGAUUUGGACGGGAAAAUAAGAGAAGCAUUAGUUUUACGAAGCGUUAAAGUCCGGCUCCUCAUUAGCUUCUGGAAGGAGACUGACCCCCUCACAUUUAACUUCAUUUCAUCUCUUAAAGCUAUUUGCACUGAAAUAGCCAACUGCAGUUUGAAAGUUAAGUUUUUUGAUCUGGAAAGAGAGAAUGUGUGCGCAACAAAAGAACAAAAGAACCAGACCUUUCCCAAAUUAAACCGCAACAAGUACAUGGUGACAGACGGAGCAGCUUACAUUGGAAAUUUUGACUGGGUAGGAAAUGACUUUACCCAGAAUGCUGGCACAGGCCUUGUCAUCAACCAGGCAGAUGUGAGAGACAAUGGGAGCAUCAUUAAGCAACUUAAAGAUGUGUUUGAAAGAGACUGGUAUUCACCUUAUGCCAAAUCCUUGCAGCCAACCAAACAGCCGAACUGCUCAAACCUGUCCAAACUCAAGCCUCCCUCCAACCAACCUGCCACUUACAAUGCCACCAGGAGGGAGCCCCUGAGUACAUAGCUCACUGACAGACAAGCAAGGCUGCAGACCUAAUGCAGGAAGGACUAAAGGAAAGACAACAAUUUACUACUUUUUUUAAAGGAGAAAUAAAAGCACACUUAUUAAAAAUGUUCUCUGAAUGACAUGUAAUAUCUAGCUAACAACACCUUAGCACCAUAUAUUAAAUUUAAGACUUUUGUAUCUAUGAGCUCUAACAGAGAAUGUCAUUCUGGCGUAGGAGUUAGUUUUUAACAUCUGCACACAGAUUUUAAGACUUGGUUCUUAUCUCCUGUUUCUUACUGGUUUUAGAACCUUUUCUGCUGGCCCAGAUGCACAGGUUUUAGCAUGAGGUGAGCCCUAUCCUUUAAUACUGCUGAAUCCUGGAGUUAGAGGAAGGCAGGAGAAAACAAAGACAGACCCAAGUUCCUGCCCUAAUAAACCAUCUCUAAGACCUAUCCUGGC